AUGUUGCGAUCCCAGCCCUACUCCUGGCCGUGCGGCGGCCCGCUCGACGCCUCUACGACGGCGCUGGUCCUCAUCGACAUGCAGCACGACUUCUGCGGCAAGGGAGGCUACGUCGACCGAAUGGGCUACGAUAUCUCCGCCACGCGUGCUCCCAUCAAGCCGUUACAGCGCGUGCUGGCGGCGGCUCGUGCCGCGGGCGUGCGCGUCAUCCACACGCGAGAGGGCCAUCGGCCGAGUCUGGCUGACCUCCCGCAGAACAAGCGGCUGCGGUCGACAGCGAUCGGCACCGAGAUCGGGCAGCCCGGGCCGUGCGGUCGGGUGCUGGUGCGCGGCGAGCCGGGCUGGGAGCUGAUCGACGAGCUCAGGCCGCUGCCGAGCGAGGAUAUCAUCGACAAGCCCGGCAAGGGCUCCUUCUUUGCCACCGACCUCGAGCACCUGCUGCGCACGACAGGCGCCGGGCCUAGGGGGCAUUGCGUAAAGACAGCUGCCAGCGGCUGCUGCUCGGCGGCAUCACGACGGACGUGCAACCACGCAGCGGCACACAAGAUGGUGACGAUGCAGGGCGGAGUCUUUGGCGCCAUCGCCUCCUCGGACGCGGUGCUCCAGGUGCUCGACGCGAUGCCGCGGGCUCGAGACAGUGCGCCCGCCGCCGCGCCGCCGCCCGUGGUGCUCCUGCCGCCACCGCCGCCGCGCGCCAUUUCCGGGAUGGAGGCCGCGGGCCUCGUCUUGCUCGCCUUCGCUGCCGGGGCGGCGCUGGGUGCUCGCCUGCGCUGAGCCGUGCAUCUCCAUGCCGCUUCCCGCCUCCGCCGGCCUCGAUGUACAGUUUACGUAUGUACGGUAGCUUUACGGAUUACGCUAUACCCUUUCCCGGGCCGGUCGCCGCGAUGCACCGGCCACAGCAGCCGCGAAAUAGACUAUAGAGAAGGACGAGAAGAGCGAGGCCGCAGACGCGGGGUGUCACGAUGUUUGCGUACCACUCUCUCUCUCUUUGUAACCAU